GCAGGAUCGCGUUUGUGGGUUCGACUUUGGCCUACAUGAGCUUCAUCGGAUGGGCCGGGUACUCUCCCGCAAAGCAUGCGCUUGUUGGCUUAGCGGAAACUCUCCGAUCUGAAUUGGCACUAUACGAUAUUGAUGUACAGAUCUUCCAACCUGGUACCAUCUUGUCCCCUGGACUUGAGAAUGAGAACAAAACAAAGCCUGAGAUCACCAAGCGGGUUGAAGGGCACGAAGAAGGUUUGACACCUGAACAAGCUGCAGCGGCCAUGUUAAAGGAGGGCAUGCACACUGGUGCCUUUGUAUACUGCGGAAAGAAGGCUCAGCUCGCAGUCGGCAAUGUCCUCCCUGUGGCCAACAUGCCAGAAGGAACUGUCAUUUGCAACGUUGAGGAGAAGGUUGGCGAUCGUGGAGCCUUAGCUCGAACAUCUGGAAACUAUGCUACCGUCAUCGGUCACUCGCCUGAAGAGAACAAGACCCGUAUCAGGCUACCAAGUGGUGCUAAGAAGACUGUCCCCGGAAAUGCCAGGGGUACCGUCGGUAUUGUUGCUGGUGGUGGUAGAAUCGAUAAACCACUCUUGAAGGCUGGACGUGCAUACUACAAGUUUAAGGCUAAGCGAUACAAGUACGUUCAGAUAUCCAUAAACCCUUCAGAGAUUGUGACCUGA